GUCUAUUUAUAUUCCUAAAGUCUUAAUAAUAGUUCUUAUAAUUUUUUUUAAAAAAUAAACUUAUUAUAUAUAGCUUUAAUGAUCUAACAUAAAAUAAAUAAAGCUUAUUGUAUAAAGGAUUCCUUUUCCCACCUAAGAAUAAUAAAUAAAUAAAUAAAUAAAUAAAGAAGAAAAGAAUCCUUUUUGUUUAACCCCCCAAGUCAGAAUUACAGUUGCGUUAACACUGUUUUAUUUCCCCUUCAUUGUAUAACAAGAAAAGAACAUAAGAAAAAUCCUUAAAGAAGCAAAAACAAUGUCACAAUAACAAUUUAUUCCAAUGUAGGCAAUACAUAUUUUCAUCUAACAAGUCAAGAAAUCCCAACAGAAUCAUUUUAAUUAUUUUUUAUUUUGUACAAAGUGUUUGUUUUUUAGCAUAUAGUAUAAAUAAGACUUUACAACUAUUUCAACGACCCUUGAUAACAAUCCCAACUGUAGAAACUAAUAUAUCUGAAUUAUCUGAUUGUGUUGGAAAAAGAGAAAAUAAUGAGAAGAUGGAUAGAGAUGUUAUGGUUGUUGGUGUUGCUCUUUUUGAGCACAACAUCAAUGUUAGAGUGUAGUUUUAAUGGUAAUAAUGAAAGACAGCCUUAUUAUUAUUAUAGAGGUCGUCCAAUGCUUUUAGGAGCAACUUCUUCAUCAAGCUCUCUUCAUCGGAGGGUUUCUUCUAUUGUUCUUCCUAUGUAUGGAAACGUCUAUCCUCGAGGAUUUUACUAUGUACAAGUCCUUGUAGGAAAUCCUCCAAGACCCUACUUUCUUGAUCCUGAUACAGGCAGUGAUCUCACUUGGCUCCAAUGUGAUGCACCCUGUGUCCGAUGUACCAGGGCUCCUCAUCCCCUUUAUAAACCCAGCACUGACCUAGUAGCUUCGAGAGAUCCCCUCUGUGCUGCGGUGCAACCUGAAUACUACAAAUGUGAAAGCCCUGAGCAAUGUGAUUAUGAGGUUGAGUAUGCAGAUGGUGGUUCUUCUCUUGGUGUUCUUUUAAGGGAUGAAAUGCAUUUUAACCUCACAAAUGGAGACAGACAAAGCCCUCGUUUAGGAAUUGGAUGUGGUUAUGAUCAAAUCCCCGGCUCAUCUCACCAUCCCUUGGAUGGGGUACUUGGCCUUGGCAAGGGGAAAGUCAGCAUUGUUUCACAACUCAGUGAUCAGGGUUUCACCAAGAAUGUUGUCGGUCACUGCUUAAGUGCGCGAGGGGGAGGUUAUAUAUUCUUCGGAGAUCAAUUAUAUGAUUCUUCACGAUUGGUUUGGACAAACACUACUCAGGGUUACUCGAAACACUACUCACCUGGAUUUGCUGAGCUCAUUUAUGGUCGGAGAGCAACUGGAGUUGAAAAUCUUCUGGUGAUUUUCGACAGUGGGAGUUCCUACACCUAUUUAGCUUCUCAAGCUUAUAACACCCUAGUUUCCCUGUUGAUGAGAGAUUUACAUAGAACGUCUCUGAAAGAUGCAACUGAUGAUGACACGCUUCCUGUAUGCUGGAAAGGUAAAAAACCUUUCAAAAGCAUACGCGAUGUUAAAAAAUACUUCAAGCCUUUGGCUCUAAGCUUUGGAGAUGGAGGCAGAUAUGCUGCUCAUUACGAAAUUCCUCCUGAGAACUACCUCAUUAUCUCAAUAAAAGGCAACCCCUGUUUGGGGAUUCUAAACGGUACUGAAGUAGGACUACGGAAUUACAACAUCAUUGGAGAUAUAUCGAUGCAAGAUAAGAUGGUGGUCUAUGAUAAUGAGAAAAAUAAGAUCGGAUGGGGACCGGCUAACUGUGAGAAACUUCCCAGGGGAUUGGCAGCAUCGUUAUGAAGGUUGUUCGAUUAGAUGUCAAUUGUUAGAUAUGUAAGUAUACUAAAUAAUAUACAAGGCAGGGCAUAGAAGUUGUAAGUAGGCAGAUACUUGUCAUGUUCAUUAGGGUCAUAAACUCUUAAUAUUAACAUUAUUGUUGGGUUUAAACACUUUAAUUCCAGUCCCCAAUCGCGAUUAAGAUUCAAGAGAGACAAGGAAUAAACAUCAAUUAUGUAA